AUGCACCUGAACCACCUCCUGCUCGCUACAGCUCUUGCGCUGUUUAUAAACAGUGAUGCUGUGGUCACGGCGGGCAAGCCGGACUCGAUCGCCACCCAAGUCGAGCAAGUCGAUCCUGUCGAGCAAGUGGAUCAUGUCGAGCAAGUGGACCCUGUCGAGCAAGUGGACCCUGUCGAGCAAGUCGACCAUGUCGAGCAAGAUGACCAUCACGGCGGCAAGAACGCGACUGGUCCAGAGCAGGCGGCUGUGAUUCCCGUGAAGGUCCCGACCGAGAAGGUCCUGGUGGAGGAGGACCCGUCGGAGGAGGGCCCGACGGAGAAGAUGCUGGCGACGAAGGGUGGAGCGAUCAUUGGUGUUGGCCUCGGCGAGGAGAGCGACGAGGGCGACUCGUGGGACCGCAGUGACGACAGCGAUCUGUUGGAUGCGUCGGGCUCAGGCGACGACUCGAGUGAAUGGGAGGACGCGUCGGGCUCCAGUGAGGACGCGAGUGAGUCGGAAGAUGCGUCGGGCUCUAAUGCGGACGCGAGUGAGUCGGGUGAGUCCGACAGCGGCAGCGCGCUGGACGAUCUGUUCUCUUCGAGUGGCAGCGAAGAUUUCGAUGCGUGGCUGAAGUCGCUGAAAGAUCUGGGACUGGCCUCGGAUGAAUCGGGAUCCGACGAGGACGCGAGUGGCUCUGAGGAGCCAACGAAGGCUCCGAAGAAGACGAAAGAGGCCGACUCGUCGGCGUCGGAAAUGAUGAACUUUGACGACUUCUUUGCGGACAUGAAAGGCUCGGGUUUUGGUGGAGGUUUUGGUGCCCUGAUGGGGACACCUGCGCCAGAGACGGCGGCUGAAUCGGAGGCGAGUGGGUCGGCCAAGUCUGGCAGCGACCAGUCACAGAAUGCGACCCCUCAGUGUGACGAGGGCAAGUGGAGCAGGUUUAAGGCGUGGUGGGGUAAAUGGCUCCACAUUACGACGGAUAAGGAUUGCCCGGAAGACACACCAUCACCUGACACACCUGCCUCGGCCAAGCUUCGUCCGGACUAA